CACAACGCAACGCAACAUAUACAUACACAAUAAAUAUACGUAUCAACAAAGGAGAAACACUGAAAAGCAGCUCUACUGUUUCUCUUCUUUUCCCUUUAUCACAGCCGCCUACUCAAUUCUUCUUCCAUUUUUUUCCUUUUCCGCUUCGUUUUCCCUUACACAGUUAGUUUUUUGUUGACUUACUUUCAUGAAUUUUAAUUUUUCACUACUGUUUUGUAGAAUUGAAUUUUGUGAUCACGUACACGGAGUCGCUUCGAUGAUCUCAAAUUUUUUUUUAGAAUUGUCCUUGAUCAAAACAGAUCCUGUUUUUAGCGGACUUUGAUUUUGUUUUUUUGUAACUCUGUGUUGGAACCUCACUGUUUGUGUUUAUUCUGUUGAAUUUAACAAAAUAGGUAUUGUUUGAUAUGUUUCUGGUAUAGUUACUAUUGUCACUGAUUUUGUUGUUUUUUGUCUAAUUCAUGUUGUGAAAUUUGUGAAGAUGCUUUUUUUGAUGAACUCCUCUGUUGAAGGAGGCCACUGAUUUAUUCGAAUUAUUGGAGGGUUAAAUUUCUUUGCAGUGUUUCAAGAGAAGCUACACUCAAUUCUGACUAUUUACUCUUGAAUUGAGUGCUUGCAUAGUUUUUGUUGAGUUUUUUGCCACACCGAAUCUAGUUUAUCCGAGCCUUUGUGUUUAAUUUGGCGAAUAUAUUGUCUAUUCGGUGAUAAAUCUGCAACUAGACAUUGAAGGAUGGCCAAAUUGUCGCAUUCGGAUUCCAGACGAAUGUAUUCCUGGUGGUGGGAUAGUCAUAUUAGCCCCAAAAAUUCAAAAUGGCUCCAGGAAAAUCUCACAGAUAUGGAUGUUAAAGUUAAAUCAAUGAUAAAGCUCCUUGAAGUGGAUGAGGACUCCUUUGCACGAAGGGCGGAGAUGUACUACAAGAAAAGACCAGAGCUUAUGAAAAUUGUUGAGGAGUUCUAUAGAGCAUAUCGUGCAUUGGCCGAAAGAUAUGAUCACGCCACUGGUGUGAUUCGGCAUGCUCAUCGAACUAUGACUGAAGCUCAAGUUCCUAUGGUGUUUGCUGAUGAUUCACCUGCUAGUUCUGUUUCUGGAGCUGAUUCUAGAACACCAGACUUGAUUGGAGAGUUCACUGAUGAUUCUGAUAAUGGGACUAGAAAAAGGACUUCAAAGCCGUUCUCUGGUUCAUUUGGGCCAGUUGAGCGGGUGAGGAGAGGUCUGAAUUUUGAUGAGGCGGAUGACGUGUUUAUCAAUGAGAACAACCAUGUUGAUGAUAAAAGUUCAUUAAAAUACGACCGACAAAGUGAUUCUAAGGAGAUAAUAGCAUUGAAGGAAGCCAUUGCCAAACUGGAAGCUGAAAAAGAAGCUGGCUUUGUUCAGUAUCAACAAACUUUGGAUAAAUUGUCACAGCUUGAGACUGAAAUCUCCAGAACCAGAGAGGAGUUCAGUAUGCUUAAAGACCAUGCAAAUAAAGCUGAUACUGAAGUUGCUGCACGAAACGAAGCUCUGGUGAAAUUAGAAGCUGAAAAGGAAUCUAAGCUUCAAGACUACCAAAAAUGCUUGGACAAGAUAUCUGACCUACAAAUUACUGUGUCUACUACUCAAGAUGAUGCUCAGAAACUUAGUGAAAGAGCUAAUAGUGCUGAAGUUGAAGCACAAUCGUUGAGAAGUGAACUGGAUGUAUUAGCUGUCGAGAAGGAUGCUGCUCUCAAUCAGUAUCUAGAAUCGCUGGAGAUCAUAUCAAACAUGGAGAAUAAGUUACGACUUGCCGAAGAAAAUUCUUCAGGAUUUAACGAGCGAGCUGAAAAAGCAGAAAGUGAAGUGGAAAGUCUAAGACAAGCAAUCUCCAAAUUGACUGAGGAAAAGGAAAGUGCAGCUCUGCAGCACCAGCAAUGCUUGGCGACAAUAUGUAGUCUGGAGCAGAAACUCACAUUGGCCGACGAGGAGGCUAAACGCCUCAAUGGGGAGAUAGAAAAUGGGGUGUCCAAGCUAAAAGGUGCCGAGGAACAAUGUCUGAUGUUGGAAAGAUCAAACCAGUCUCUUCACUCUGAGUUGGAAUCUUUAAUGUUAAAGAUGGGAACUCAAUCUCAAGAGCUUACUGAGAAGCAGAAGGAACUGGGAAGACUUUGGGCAGCCGUACAAGAAGAGCGAUUGCGCUUUGUGGAUGCUGAAACUGCUUUUCAGACUUUACAGCAUUUGCAUGCGCAAACUCAGGAGGAGCUCCGAGCUAUGGCUUCUGAGCUACAGAAUAGGGCUCAACUUUUGAAGGUUUCUGAGACUCAAAAUCAGAGUUUGCAAGAUGAAGUUCUAAAGGUUAAGCAGGAGAACAAGCAUCUUGAUGAGCUGAACUCAUCUUCUGCAUUAUCAAUACAAGAUAUGCGGAGUGAGAUUUCUAGCUUAACGGAAUCAACAGUAAACCUUGAGGAGGAAGUUGAGCUAAGGCUUGACCAGAGAAACGCACUGCAGCAAGAGAUUUAUUGCCUUAAAGAGGAACUAAAUGAACUGAAUAAGAAGCACCUUUCUGUUUUGGACAAGGUACAUGAAGUAGGAUUAAAACCAGAAUCCUUGGGAUUGUCAGUGAAGGAAUUGCAGGAUGAGAAUUCCAAUCUGAAAGAAACUUGCCAGAGGGAAAGUACUGAUAAAGCAGCUCUCCUACUGAAAUUGGAAAUCCUGGAACAGCUUCUCGAGAAAAACUCGCUCUUGGAGACCUCCCUUUCUGAUUUGAAUGCUGAACUAGAUGCUGUUAGAGGGAAGAUAGAAGAACUAGAACAAUCUUGCCAAUCUCUAAUACUAGAGAAAUCUACUCUCCUCGAUGAGAAGGAGACGCUCACCACACAGUUGCAGGAAACAAACAAGAAUCUGGAAAAACUCUCACAAAACAACACAGUUCUAGAAAUCUCCCUGUCUGAUGCACAUCAUCAGCUUGAAGCUUUAAAGGCUAAAUCGAAAAUCCUGGAAGAUUCAUGUCAGUUGCUUGUUAAUGAGAAGGCUGAUUUGAUAAGUGAAAACGACGGUUUGACUGCUCAGCUGGAACAGACUCAGAGAAGACUGGUAGAUCUUGAGAAACUUCAUGGAGAACUUGAAGGAAGAUGUGAGCAUCUAGAAAAUGAGAAAAAAUCAGCUCUUCAAAAUUUAAAGAAAUCAGUUUCUCGUGCUGAUGAAGAAAAUUUGGAGUGGUCUGUUGCAUUCUCAGUCCUUAGCACAUGGAUUGAGCAACUGGGAUUACAUUCAAAGAAUGUCGAGGUGGAAAAGGACAAACUAGAGCAUGAAUUCAAGCUGAAGGCCGAGCAGGUGUUACAGUUACAGAGCGACUCCUCUACACUUCUAGAGAUGAAUGAACAACUAAAGUCAAAAUUGAGAGAAGAAGACCACAAUAAGAAAGCUAUGAUGAUCCAGAUUGAGAGUUUGGACUCCAAGCUUAAAGACAUGCAAGAUUCUUGCCAGGACUUACAAAGAGAGAAACUACAGAGUUCUGAGGAGAAAAUUUCCUUAACGGAUAGAAUCAUGCACUCAGAGGAAAAGCGUAAUGUCCUGGAAGAGGAAAAUUAUGUCUUAUGUGAUAAAGUAUUAGCUCUUGAGAACUUAUACUUGAUUUUCCAAAGCUUUGCUGAUGAGAAACUUAGGGUUCUAAGAGAUCUCGGUGAUGAUCGCAAUAAGCUUAAUGUGAUGAAUAAUGCUCUUAUUGGAAAGUUGAGCGUAGCUGAGGGGAGGCUUGAAGAAUCCGAACUCGAGAAUCUUCAUCUCAAGGAGAGGCUGCAGAAGACAGAUGAUGAGCUCAAGGCUAUAGCAACAGUCAAAGAUCAGUUGAAUAUUGAGAUUGACAAUGGAAAGGAAGUUUUGAAUCAGAUGGCACAAGAACUUCAGGAAGCAGGAGAGAAGAUAAGUCUAGCUGAGAAAAAGAAAUCAGAAUUAAGUAAAAGUGUUGAAGAUCUCAGAAUGGAAUACAAUGAGGUCAAAAUGGCUCGAGAUGACCAAGAGAAUCAGAUUUUCAAACUGUCCACGGAUAGUGACAAUUUGAGCAAGGAGAAUGUUUUCUUGCUUGAAGCAACCCAGAAACUGGAAUCUGAUCUGCAGGUAUUGCAAGAUAAUAAUAACAAGAGUAAACUCCGAGAAGAGAAAUUGCAUUUGGAGCUGGACAGCAAAAUCAACGACAUCAAAGAGUUGGAGGCUCAGGCUGCUUCACUUUUUGGUCAAUUGCAACAUACCAUGAUCUGUCAGGUUCUCUAUGAGCAGAAGUUUUAUGAGCUCCAUGAUGCAUGCCUUGGCUAUAUCGAUCAAAAUGAAGGCCUCAAAAAUCAACUGGAUGCAUUUCGGCCAGAGAUUAUAUCAUUGAAGGAAUGUAUUUCAUCCCUGGAGGACCAAACUGAUAUACACAUCAAGUUUCAAAUUCCUGAAAAUGAGGAUUAUCAGGGUGCUCACGGUACCGGUACCGACAUUUCACCCAAAAUCAUUCAUAAUGAAGACAAGAAAGUGUUGGUGCCGGUUUCUGACUUGCAUGAUCUACGGGUUAGGCUUCAAGCGGUUGUGAAGGCAGCAGUCGAGAUGAAGGAGCUAAUGGUUCACGAGAACACUGAUCUGCACGCCAAGCUUGACCAAUCAUCGAGGCAAAUCGAGUUGCUGCAAUCUGAAAGUGGGAAGCAUCGAAGAAACAAGGGACCUACGUCCGAAAUCACUAUGGAAGAUAAUGCGCUUUUGACUAAAGAUAUCGUUCUUGAUCAGGUUUCCGAUGGUUCAUACCGAUAUAGCAAGAAUGAAGCCACUAACGUGGACAAUCAAAUCGUUGAGUUAUGGGAAACUGCAGAACCAGAUGGCACCGUGGGUCUCUCCCUUGGCAAGUCAAACAAAACCAUUCCUCCUUCCACCACCGCGACCUCUGAUUUUCAUCGUUCUAAAUCAACGAGGAGACAGAAAGGCAGUUUUGGGGCCUCGUCUGAUGCAUUCGAUGUGGACUUGAGUGUGGACAAGUUAGAGAUCUCAAAAAGAUCUAAUGAUUCAUUUCAAGAAGGGAACAAGAGGAAGGUCUUGGAGAGGCUCGACUCCGACGUUCAGAAACUGGCGAAUCUCCAGAUCACGGUCCAGGACUUGAAGAGGAAACUUGAGGUGACUGAGAAGGGCAAGCGGGGCAAAGCUGUGAUCGAAUGUGAGUCGUUGAAGAGACAGCUCGAUGAAGCUGACAUGUCCGUGAUGAAGCUGUUUGAUCUGAACGGCAGGUUGAUGAAGAGCAUCAAUGACAGGUCGUUCUCGGACUCAAAGCCCUCGUUUGACUUUGAAGGCGAGGAAGGUGCCCGGAGGAGGAGAGUGUCCGAGCAAGCACGUCGAAUGUCUGAGAAAAUCGGGAGGAUACAGUUGGAAGUACAGAAGCUGCAGUUCGUGCUGCUGAAACUAGACGAUGAGAAGGAUGGGGUGUCGAAGAUGUCUGAAACGAAACGGAGAAUCUUGUUGAAGGAUUAUCUGUACGGAGGGGGAAGAGGGAGCCAGAGGCGUAAGAAAGGGAAUUUCUGUGGUUGCGUUCAGCCAUCAGCAGUUAAAGAUUGAGAGAGAGAUUGUUGAUUAAAAUUGCUUCUUCUAUUAAGCAUUGUAAAUUUGGUCACAAAAUAGCUCUACUUAUGUUUAGUUCAUUAGCAUAAAUUCUCGUCUUUUAUUUCAUCAAUGCAUCGCAGCUUUGUUGUGAGUUUGAAAA